UGACACAGUACAACUGAGAGGUCCCCAUUCACCUGACGUGAUACAUUUACUUUAAGGGGCUCACAAAGUUCAAAAUGUCUGCUCCUCGUCUCGCUCUGUCUGUGCUUGUACUGGUUCUGGCUGCCAUCGCACUCAGUGAAGGCAUGCGUGGUACAGGGCCUAAGAGGUGCUGCUUCGCAUUCACCGAGCGCCAGAUUGCUAAAAAGAGAGUGAUCAGCUACACCAAUACCAGCCAGCAGUGCACUAACCGUGCAGUGCUGUUAAAGGUAAGAGCCGGUUACAAGCUGUGUGCCAGGCCUUCAGACCCCUGGGUGAUGGAUAUCAUCAGCUACCUGCAGGCCAAGAGCACCCCCGGACAGCUGACCAAAUUAUAACUGCAUUGACCCAUAUUCAAGUGCCAGAUGGGGGGGGGGAAAUGUUGGUUCGCCAUGAUGUCUCACCUUGUCAACAACUAGGAAACAGCAAAUAUGCCCCGUGAAACAUAGCUGCAGCAAUGAUGCCCUACAUUUUAAAUGUCAGCAGUGGAAGAAUCACGAGUUCAGCAGAAAAUGAGGACGUGACCUUCUGUCACUCGAAACGGCAGCUAUCUCUUUACUUCCCGCUCUCUCAGAAGCAGCUAAUAUCCUAACCCGGAAGAGCUAUUCCUCCACCUGCCUUUCGCAUUGAAUGCCAAAUAGAAUAAAUGUGAUGCAGGACGGUCAUAAUGAUUGUAUUUUAAGUCAUGUUGAAACAUUUUUAUUUACUAUAUCUUCAAAUAUUCAGUUUAAUCGAGUGAAGGGGUCAGAUUUCACCAAAAGAAUACCUUGGCGUGGGAAUUCUGUACUAUUUGCCCUGUGGCACAGUUAUAAAUUUAA